CGCCCUCCGGCUGGAACGCAACGCCCAACUCGGGCUGGUGCGCAGGCGCGCGGCGGUCUCUCGGCAGCGGCCGCCCCGGCGCGGGGCGAGACCGUUCAGCGGCGGCCAGGGUGCAAUGUCUGAGCAAGAGCGCAUACGGGAAGGCCUGAGGAAAGAAAUACGGUCACUUCUCAUGUCCGCCAGAGAUGGUUUGACCCCACAGCAGUUGGAAAAGGAGUACCUUUUGAUAGUUGGCAGUCAUUUACCACUCCGAAUCCUUGGGUAUCAGUCCACUAAGGAGCUAGUGUUGGACAUGCCUGAUGUCGUCUGUGUGUGUCCCUGUAAGGGUGGUACUGUCAUACUGAAAGCCAUUCCAGAUGAAUCCACCAAAGGAAUAGCAAGUUUAGUUGCCAAACAGAGGAGCAGCCAUAAGGUUCAAAACUCCCUGCAGAAGAGAAAGGCCAGUGUUUGUUCUGGGCCACGCUCUCAUCCGCUGGUACCUUAUCGAGGAAGGGUGCCCCCUGUUCUUCCCGCUGUUGUGAAGAGUGAGUUGAAAGACCUCUUGGCGUUAUCUCCUGUUCUCCUUUCUGAUUUUGAAAAGGCAUUUGCCAAGCGAUUUGGGCGAACAUUCCAGUAUAUGCAGUAUGGAUUCUUCUCUCUGUUUGAAGUGCUGAAUGCUGCUUCAGAUGUCAUUUCUGUAGAGCAGACUAGAGCAGGUUCUUUACUGAUGCUAAAGAAGAGCGUAUCAGAGGAAAAGAGGAGAGGAUGGCUAGCAGGUAAAAUUUUUACCCAGCCUUUUACAAUGAAACCAAGGUCAUACCCUACAGGCACCCCAGUAGCAAAGGCACAGCCCACUGCAAACAUGGAACGACCGAAGCAAAUACUGGACAUGGAAAAGACUUUUAAGUCAAAUGCACUGGUGACUUCAGGGCUGAAUCACACUGAAAAAUUAAACCAGCUGGAGAACACAUUCAAAUCAGUUAUUGCACAAAUUGGACCUGGAGGUACUAUCAAUCCAGAGCUAAAACAUAAGAUAAGAUAUGUUCUAUCCAAGUUUCCUGAAGGUUUGCUUAUUUCUAAACUUCUUGGGCAGUUUGAGGUUAUUUUUAAAGAGCAACUUUCACCAAAAAAAUUGGGCUUCUUAGAUGUGACAGAACUUGUUGGCGCCCUUAGUGACAUUCUCCAUGUUGAGAUCAGGGAAGGAGAACAGGACUUACUGGUAUUUGAUGUUGAUAUGAAGCCUACACCAUCCGAUGGAGCUGUUUCAUCAGUCAGAAAUUCAUGCUUAAUUCAAUCAGAUAAAGACAUAGAAGACAAAGCUUGUGUCUCCAGUCCCCCUAGAAAUUCACUGUCUGCAGCUGCCGUAGAGGAGACCACAUGGGAUUGCCCUUUGAAAAACCAUGAAGAGCCAGAGCAGAAGAUUUUCAAGAAGCCUAAUUUGGUGGUAAAGCCUUUACAGUUGCAAGUAGAAAUUAACAAAUCACAGCACAAUCUGGCAAUGGCAAAUCAUGAUAUCGCACCAGAUGCUGUAUGGGACAAGAAAUUAUUCAGACUGCCACCAUUAGAUACCAGUACCCUCGUGGGGGUCUUUGUGGAGUAUAUCAUCUCUCCCAGUCAAUUCUACAUCCGAAUCUAUAGCAGGGAUUCAUCAGAGUUACUUGAAGACAUGAUGAUUGAAAUGCGGCGCUGUUAUUCUAAUCAGCUGGUGUCUGACCGGUACACCAUGCCAGAAUAUUUCAUCCAGCCAGGGCAUCUCUGUUGUGUACGGAUUUCUGAGGAUAAGUGGUGGUAUCGGGUCAUCAUCCAUCGAGUCCUUGGGAAACAGGAAGUUGAAGUGUUCUACCCAGACUUUGGAAAUAUUGGAACUGUUCCAAAGACUUCCCUCAGGUUCCUCAAGUGCUGCUACACAAAGCUUCCAGCUCAGUCUAUCCCUUGUUCUUUGGCUUGGGUGAGACCAGUAGAGGAGCAUUGGACACCAAGAGCUAUUUCUCAGUUCCAGAAGCUGUGUGGUUUGAAGCCAUUAGUGGGCGUAGUGGAUGAAUAUGUAGAUGGAAUCCUUAACAUUUUUCUAUGUGAUACAUCCUCAAAUGAAGACAUCUAUUUCCAUCAUGUCUUGAGAACAGAGGGCCAUGCUAUUGUAUGCCGAGAAAAUGUCCCUUCUAAGGGUUUCAGAGAACUCAAUCCUCUAGCUUUAUAUACUAACAGUGCAGGGCCAGAGGAUAUUAUUGUCUUGACAGAACUGGGUUAUCCUUUCAAGCAGCACUAUUUUAAUGAAGACCAAGAGAUAAGUCCACAAUCGAAAGAGAGUGAAUUAUAUACCCUGCAAAAUACUAAUAAUGAGAAAGCUCUCCAUCACCUUAAAUCUGACUCAGUGGAGCCAUUAAAGGAUUCUGAAUUCAGUUCUUUGAAAAUCCAAGAUAAGAGCUGUGAAGAAAAUCAAAAGUGGUUCAUCCCAGAGCUGAAGACUCUAAAGGAAGAAAAUGAGGAUGAGAUACCCACUGGAAUGCCAUGCCUGGAAUCAGUAACCAUAGGUGAUGAUAUUUGGGAUGAGAACUGGUUACCUUUGCAGGCUAAGAUGGGCGAAGAAAGUGAUGCUGCCUCACACUUAUUUACCACAAGCCUUGAUGGAAAGAAACUAUAUUCAUCAUGUAAAGAAAUGCCACGAAAGGAUUGGUGGUUUUCUAAAUCCAAAGAUACAUGGGAGGACUCAUGGCAGCCUUCAGGCCUUGUGAAUGGAAUGAAAGUAGAAGUUCAAAAACCAGAAGGUCUGGAUGAGCAGGAAGAAAAUACUGGCACCAGCAGGAUUCAAAAGCAGCCAAACUUAGAGAAUUCUUCAGAUUUCUCCACAUUGCCGGAACUGGAGGAGUUCCCCCUCAGCCAGUCACCGGAGCCAGAAGGGAGCCUGUCUGAACCGUACAGCAUUCAGCCGGCAGCGGAGCGGAUUGAGCUCUCCACAGCCGCACUCACCUCGUCUCCGCCAGGAGCCGGCUCCUCAGAAGAACACUCUGGUUCAGUGGGAAGUUCUCCAGGGAACCUGAAGAAUGAAAAUUUUUCUAGUAGCCAUGCUAUUACAGUGUUCAAAGACAAGAGUCAUGGAGCCAUGGACCAGCUUUCUCUGAUUUUGUCUCCUGAGCACCAGAUUUCUCAUAAGCUCUACAUUCCUCGAAGUACAGCCACUGCUGCCUUAGGAGCUGCUGCGAGGUUAGCCACAUCCAGGAGCCUUCUACAGUGGUACCCAAGUGUGAAAAGGAUGGAAGCCUGAGUAGGGGAGGGAAGGGUGGAAGGGAAGGAGGAAAAAAAUAAGCCAGCUGCUCAGGGCUCAUUGAUUUCACAUUCCAAAAUAAGGAGGAAGUAUUGAGACAAAAUAGUAUUUUGAUGGUUGAUGUCUUUGUCUCUGUGACUAUAUAUUAGCUUUAUUAUGUCCGCUUUGUUGUGUAAGUAUUGAUAUGUAAUGUUUAUUUUCAUUUUUACUGAUAUUUCUUAUAUAGUUUUGUUUAUUGUUUACUUUUAUUUAAUGUAGUAGUUUAGAGAAGCUUUUAUGUUUUGUGUUUUUUGUGUUUCUAUAAUGUCUUUCUUACACAUAUCAUGACUAAUAAAUGAA